GUUGGCAACAUCGCCUGACAGAAAAGUAAAAUUGUAUUGUUUCAUCAUUUAUUUGAUCCGCUCGCUAGUGUCUAAUGCGCUAGUGGCCGUUUUGAUUUUUGGUUGGACAUAAUCAGUAUUGAACAAUUUUAUAGAAAAGAAGAAUCGAUGGAUCAACGAGGGGUUAUACUUGUUAUUCUCUUUGCAGUCUUUAUUCUGUAUAUUAGAGAUCAAAAUACGUACAAGGUCAAAUCUUUUUCGGUACCAGCACUUGCAGAACCAAUCAGAUUUCUUUUAAGUUAUGGAAACUUAGUUUUUGAAGAUCAGAGAAUCCAACUAGGAGAGUGGGAAAGAUUGAAGCCUUUCACGCCUUAUGGUAAGGAACCCAUUCUGGAAUAUAAAGGAAAAGUGGCACAUCACUCUCUUGCCAUUUGCAGGUACCUUGGCAAGAAACUAAAACUAGUUGGAGAAAAUGAUUGGGAUGAUUUGGAAAUUGAUGCAGCUGCAGAUACGAUUUCUGAUUUACGUUUGGAAAUUGAUCAAUAUUUUUAUGAACCCGAUUCAAAAAUAAGGGCACAAAAAAAGGAAAUUCUUGUAAAAGAAAUUCUACCCCUUUAUAUCCAAAGACUUGAAAACCAAAUUAGAGAAAAUAAAGGAUUUCUAGCUAUAGGAAAACUAACAUGGGCUGAUUUGUAUUAUGCAGGGCUCUAUGAAUACCUACAUUAUAUGUUAGGUUUCGACUUCACAGAAAAUGCUCCAAAAUUGAGACACUUAAAACAACAAGUUUAUGCUCUUCCAGCAAUUAAAGCUUGGAUCGAAAAACGUCCGAAAAAUAAUUUUUAAGACAUAAAAAGUUUUUUUUGUAAUAUU